AUGCGUCCCAUUCUAUCGUUAGCACUGAUAGCCCUAUCUUCAAUCCAUACCCGGGCGGAGACCAGUAUUCCACAAUAUGUCCUCGAAUACGCUCCACUGGUCUGGCUCCACAGUCAGGAAACAUACAUGCCAAGUGAUAUACAGCAGCAAGUCGAUCACACAAAACCGCACGUUAACUGGACUGUCAUUGAAGACGCCCGGUCUCCUCUGGACCUCAAUAAUCUUGACUCACUAAACAGCCUGGGCAACACAAGUGUUUACUUGACUUCGUCUGGAGGGAUUGAUGCUAUUCCCGAGCCGGCUUGGUUUAGAGGUAUUACUCCGGACUUAGAGGGGCGGAUCGGAGAUGGGACUGGAUGUGCUAUUGUUGUUGUUGAUCGUCAGAAUGGGACUGUUGAUGCCUUUUAUUUUUACUUUUAUGCAUAUAACAAGGGCGAUAAAGUGCUCGGAAUGGAAUUCGGGGAUCAUAUUGGAGACUGGGAGCACAACAUGAUCCGCUUCGCUAAUGGCACACCUGAAGCAAUCUGGUAUAGCCAACACGCCAGCGGCCAAGCGUUCACCUACAACGCUGUUGAAAAAGAAGAAAAAGGAGGUAAACGGCCGUAUUCAUAUUCGGGAAAUGGAACCCAUGCCAACUACGCCACCUCCGGCCAACAUGAUCACACCAUCCCAGGAAUCAACUUCCCCACAGGCUUCCUCUUGGAUUACACAGACCGUGGCAAACUCUGGGACCCAACGCUAAAUGCUUACACAUACACCUACGACCCAACAACGGCAAUCUUCACGGCUACGGCCGAUGACCCAGUCGCAUGGCUAAAUUUCAAUGGAAAAUGGGGAGACGACCAGCCGCCGAAUGAGCCCUCUAUCUUUGGAGAAGCAAAGUACGUUGCUGGACCCAACGGACCGAAGUUCAAGAGUCUAGAUCGGAAGAUGGUGUGUCCGUCUAAACCGUGUAUUGUUUUGCCGUUUAGGAUUUGGUCGGGCAAUACGACUACGUGA